UCCGUACCUACCCUACGUACCCAAUAACCUCUCGUCCUCUCUGUAUUUGCAGGAUGUUUAUACCGGAUAUGUCGCUGAGAACUCGAGUUCAAGUUUCCAGUCCGCAGCAUGCCAUUGUGUCUUCGCCUUCCGUGCCUGGUGCCUGGAUGAAGUGAUCCGGCUCUUGCUCCUUCAUGCAACGUUGAGCUCAUCGGACGGUCGAACCGGGCGGGGCUAGGAGCGGUAUUCCUCACGCAGGUAAUCAACAUCGAGUAGCAUUUCUGCAUGGCGCGGUCGUUAUCGGCAGUUGCUGAACGGCUAAAGCUGGCGAGAUGUGAUGCGAGACCGUUUAAAUCUCCGAGCGAUCCUCGAGUGUCUCACUGAGAACCGGCAAGCCCACGGUCUCACCAUCUGGUGGUAACGCUGGUAUUGUACCCCUUGGGCCAGGCAAGAUGCGACAGCAUAUCGUGCUAGUCGGCUGCUUUCUCGCCCCUACGGCAGCAGCCGUCUUCACCGACUGUCGUUGCAAGCGGACCAUUGUUCGAGACGUUGCUGUAGUCGGCGGUGGUGCCUCGGGUGCUCAUGCGGCGGUGUGGCUGAGAGAUAACGGCCAGAGUGUUGUCGUCGUCGAGAAGGCCGCCCAACUUGGUGGCCACACCGCCUAUUACCAUGAUGCCGUCUCGGGCAAGGACAUCAACGUUGGCGUGCAAGGGUGGAUAGAAUACAAAGACUCGUUGGACUUUCCCAAGCGCAUGAACGUGUCGAGCAGCAGAUCCAUGUCGUUCACACCCAACGUGGCCCAAUACAUCGACACCAAGACGGGCAAGCCGGUUCCCAACUACAAGGCGCCCGCGACGGCCGACAUGAACGCCGCCAUGCAACGGUACCUCGACGUGCUUGAGCAGUACGAGAACAUGGUGUUGCCGGGCUUCUUUAACUUUCCGGAGCCAGAGAACAUCCCCGAGGACCUGCUCAUGCCGUUUGUCGACUUUGUCGAGAAGUACAACCUCUCGGCGGCCGUCCCGCAAGUCUGGGACUCGACCGCCAUGGGUCUCGGAGACACCAUGAACAUGCCCACCCUCUGGGUGAUGCAGGCCUCGGGCGUGCCCAUGGUGCGCGCCAUGCUGGGCCAGGCCGCCUCUGUCGUGCCGGCCUCGGGCCGCCUGUACGACCUGUUCGAGAGCGUCGCCUCGUUCUUGGGCGGCGACGUGCUCUACUCAAGCACCGUCCUCUCGGCGACCCGCCCUGAGUCGAGCAACAAUCCCCGACAGGGCGUCUCCCUUCACGUCCGCGGCACCGACGGUCAGGUAACCUGCAUCGAAGCCAAGCGCCUCGUCAUCGCCAUCGAGCCCACCCCUGAAAACAUGGCGCCCUUCAACCUCGACACCACCGAGUCCUCGGUGCUGGGCAAGUUCCGCUUUCCCACCGUCUACGCCGGCAUCCUCCGCCACCCUUCGCUCCAAACCCUCACAGCCUACACCGCCCGCACCACGGACCCAGCCUCUUACAACUACACCUCCUUCCCCGUCGCCCCCCAACUCGGCCGCAUAGAGUACCUCGGCGACACCAAAGACCUCUUCCACUUCUGGGCCGUCGGCACGACCUCUGACACCACUGCGAGCAUGCAGGCCCGAAUCCAACAAUCCAUCGACGCCAUGAUUGCCUCGGGCGUGCUUCUUCCGCCGCCGGACGGCGGCAGCGGAGGCAGCGGCGUCGAGUUUGAGCUGUUCGCCAACCACGGUCACAUGCACGCAUACGUCAGCGCCGACGAGCUCCGGGCGGGCUUCGUGCAGAAGCUCAACGCGCUGCAGGGCCGCCGGCACACGUGGUACACGGGUGGUGCCUUCUCGGCCGGGUUUUCGACGGUGCUGUGGGAGUUCAACAAGGUGUUGCUGCCUAGCGUGGUCGAGGGGUUGUAAUCAGGAGCUGUCGCGGGGUCGUUUUUCCUUUCCCUUCGAGAUCCGGGUCAGAAUUCCUAUGCAUCCCUGCGACUUCAUCAGUUGUAGUUAGCAACAGAUGGUAUAUGGUUAUUAUGUUCGGACUUCGAAUCCGUGGAAAAGUGUGUCCGCGAUAUUGAAGGUGCGGUAUGUCGAGGUUGUGUGGUGGGAAAAUGGAAGUGGGAUCUGAUGGGCGGGAUCAUGUUGACUUGCUUCUCCAGUCUUCUUCCAUUCCUUCUUCGGUUCAUCCCAAGACAGAGAAAUACCCAGAGCGAAGAAACCCAGAGUCGAAAAGACAGGGUCAUCUUGGUGCGAGGGGGUCAGUACCUGUAUUGAUACGACAUAUAGGUCCCGAGCAGUAGAGCAUGUCUACCAUCGACACGACCAUUCCAACC